AUGGCCGCUGCGGAAAUGGAAACCUCUGCUAUUAAUGAAAAUCGUCAAAACGCACACAACGAUCCCGCCACGGAUCUUCCAGAGACACUUUCGACCCCGGACGGCCCGAUAUUGUCGUCCUCUCCCUCUCGAACUGAUACUAAACAUUUCACACCUGAUAAGCGGGAUGGAAAGAAAGAUCAUAUAGGCGACCAUGGGUUGCUAAAUGUCACGCAGACGGUCAAUUCUGAGAGCACCAAAGUUGGGGGUCCCGCACGCGAGAACCGCGAGAACGAGCUGGGUACUACUCCACGGGAUGACCCUGCACCGCUGAGCUUUCAGCCACAGAACAGCCCCAAGGAUGAAAACCAGCUGUCAGCUGGCCCCCAGAAGCAGCCGUCCUUGCCAGACAUAGCGGGCUCACAACCCCGUUCGAGCGUGCAGUUCUCUCGGGAUGAAAGUGGUGCGACUCAACCAUCGCAGUCCAAGCCCGCGUCAGUAAUUGAAGAUGACGAAGACCCGAUGUUUAAGGGGAAACAUUCCAUCUUCACCAAGUUGAAAGCAUUCGCCGCGUCGCCGCCGUUUGCCUCGCACUCUCGUACAACUAGUGGGGUGACGAUUGGCGGACAAGCCGACUUGAGGCACAACGGCAAUAUCUUGACUCCGACUUCAGAAAGGGGAGAAUUUCGGUUUCCACAUACACUGGAUGAAGGAAGCGAUGUUGAUGCCGAUGCUGAAGAGAGCGGUGCUGAGCAGCGGACUCACCCUCCAAAAAAGAAGAGCCGGAGAAGACGACAGCAGGAAGAGAGAGAGCCACAAACUGCUCCAACAACUCCAAAAAUGGCGGGUCGCCGAUCAUCGUUCCUCGCAAAUUUUGAUCGUCCCAAUUUCCUCCAACGGAGAGCGGACACGACCGACUUCUCUCACCAACACCGCGAAGGUGUCUCUGAGGAUGAAGGCCGCGAGAUGCUCAACAGGGAGCCAGCCUGGAGGCGGCGAAGUACCUGGCUCCCCAGUGGUCAGGUCGGACAACAGGAUGCACAACCAGACCAAGAGGAAAGACGCCCCGGGAACAUCAGACGGCUGACGGGCUUCACUGGCCCCUCUGACUAUGCAGAGGGGAUUGCAGCAUCCUGGAGGCGUCAUCGUGCAGAACGUGGCUCUAGCCUCAGCGCCCAAAGAUGGAGGCAGAUUAAGGCGGGUCUCAAGCUUAUUGGACAGCGCCGCAAGGCCGAUACCAACACUGUUGAUCACGCAAAGUCGGCGGAGUUGCUAGCUGAAUUGGCCUCUGGUGUUCCGGCUGCUUUGAUUUUAGCGAGCAUGUUUCAGCGGGAUGAGCACGGUAGCAAGCGUAUUCCAAUACUCCUUGAGCAGUUGAAAGUUAAGGUCACUGAUAGCCGUAUCGAUUCUCACUCCGGAGAUCGCCAUUGGGUUUUCAAAAUCGAGCUCGAGUACGGAAGCGGCUUGACACGCAUGAAAUGGGUUAUUCAUCGAACGUUGAGAGACUUUGCAAAUCUACAUUUGAAGUACAAACUUCACUUUGGCACCCAGAAGUACAUCCAAAUGAAGAGCACUGAAGGUGGCCAACAUCUUCCACGUUUACCUAAGAGUGUCUUUCCCUAUUUGAGAGGAGUCCGAGGCCUGGAUAGCGAAGCAGAGGAUGAAGAAGAUGAAGCUGUCUACGACACAACAGCGGAUGCUACUAGCGGUAAUGAAAGGACACCCAAAAAGAAAAAGCAACAUCAGCAUCAAUCUCGGAGAUCGAUCGGCGGUGCAUCACGGAGGAAAUCCGCACAAGAAGCUGAAGCUCCGGCUGACGCUUCAGGAGCUGCAGGAACGGCAGAGGGCGGCGUCGGGUCUGGGCUGGCCCAAGUAGCCAGAAGGGAGACGUACCCUGAACAUCAACGGAAGAAGCUCGAUGGCUAUUUACAGAGAAUGAUUAGAUUCCUGAUAUUCAAACCUGAUAGCAACCGUUUAUGCAGAUUUCUCGAACUCUCUGCGCUGGGUGUUCGUCUCGCCGCCGAGGGAAGCUACCACGGGAAGGAAGGGUUUUUAAUUAUUCAAUCUUCGAAGGGCCUCGAUUUUCGAAGGACUUUAACCCCAUCCUUGAUCAAAAAGCGCCAUUCCCCAAAGUGGUUUUUGGUUCGACACAGCUACGUUGUCUGUGUGGACUCUCCUGAAGAGAUGAACAUCUACGAUGUUUUCCUGGUAGACCCGUUUUUCAAAAUUCAAGCUCGAAAAGUCAGUCUCCGUAACCAGAAUGCGAGCGAUCUUGCAAAGUCCGCCAAGGAAUCCGCAAGGCACCCAAAGCAUCAUACUUUGAGACUCGAGAACUCGGAACGGAAACUCAGACUGUUAGCGAGAAAUGAGCGCCAGCUACAUCAGUUUGAGGAUUCUAUAAGGUUCAUGGUUGGUAAUACACCAUGGUCAAGACCCAAUCGUUUUGGCAGUUUCGCGCCUGUCCGUCCCAAUUGCUUCGCACAAUGGUUGGUGGAUGGACGUGAUCAUAUGUGGCUUGUCUCUAGAGCGAUUAAUCAGGCGAAAGAUGUCAUCUAUAUCCAUGAUUGGUGGUUAAGUCCAGAGCUAUACAUGCGACGGCCAGCCGCCAUAAGCCAGAAAUGGAGGUUAGAUAGGCUUCUGCAGCGCAAGGCCCGUGAAGGGGUGAAGGUAUUCGUGAUCAUGUAUCGGAAUAUCAACUCUGCCAUACCGAUUGACUCAGAGUACUCGAAAUUCUCUCUGCUCGACCUGCAUCCCAAUAUCUUCGUCCAGAGAUCCCCAAACCAAUUCCGGCAGAACACGUUUUUCUGGGCGCACCAUGAGAAGCUUUGCAUUGUUGAUCACACGUUAGCCUUUGUCGGAGGAAUCGACCUGUGUUUUGGCCGUUGGGAUACACCGCAACAUACGUUGAUCGAUGAUAAGCCGACAGGCUUCGAGAUGCAGGGCGGGCCCAAAGAUGCCGACCACUGCCAACUUUGGCCUGGCAAGGAUUAUUCCAACCCCCGGAUUCAGGAUUUCUACGAUCUAGACAAACCUUACGAGGAGAUGUACGAUCGCAAUGUCGUGCCCCGGAUGCCAUGGCACGAUAUUUCCAUGCACGUAGUUGGUCAACCGGCGCGAGACCUCACUCGCCACUUCGUUCAAAGAUGGAACUACAUUUUGCGCCAGCGGAAACCAACACGGCCAACUCCUUUUCUUUUACCCCCUCCCGAUUUCAAUGCUGCUGAUUUGGAAGCCCUAGAUUUGGAUGGAACUUGUGAAAUCCAGCUCUUGCGUUCGAGUAGCAUGUGGUCUACUGGAACACCAGACAUUGUCGAGCAUAGCAUUAUGAAUGCUUAUGUCAAAUUGAUCGAAGAAUCCGAGCACUUUGUCUACAUUGAGAACCAGUUUUUUGUCUCAACCUGUGAGAUAAGCGGACGGAGGAUUGAGAAUCAGAUCGGAGAUGCCUUGGUCGAACGCAUAGUUCGAGCGGCCAAAAAUGGUGAAUGUUGGCGUGCGGUCAUUAUCAUUCCAUUAAUGCCUGGCUUCCAAAACACCGUUGACAGCGAAGGUGGGACGAGCGUUCGCUUGAUCAUGCAGUGUCAAUAUCGCAGUAUAUGCCGUGGUGAGACAUCCAUAUUUGGGCGACUCCGUACUCUCGGUAUCGAACCCGAAGAUUAUAUUGAAUUUUACAGUCUCCGGGCCUGGGGUAAAAUAGGUCCGCAGAAAAAGCUUGUUACCGAACAGCUUUACAUCCACGCCAAAUGUAUGAUUGUGGACGAUCGAGCUGCAAUCAUCGGCUCUGCAAAUAUCAAUGAGCGGUCUAUGCUGGGAUCAAGGGACUCGGAGGUUGCAGCUAUUGUGCGCGACACGGAUAUGAUUUGGUCUACUAUGAACCAUCGCCCAUAUCUUGUUGGGAGAUUCCCUCAUACACUUCGCAUGCGCCUGAUGAGGGAACAUCUAGGCAUCGACGUGGACGAACUACUAGAACACAAUAUCGCGACGGAGCAGGAGCUGCGCAAAAUCGAGGUUGUUGAAGCAGGAUCCAGAACCCGAGGGCGUCGAGAAGAGCCCGACUUCGAGCAGAAACAGGAUGAGAGGGAAAUGAUGGAGCGCCGUCAUCGCAUUCAAGACGAGUUCAUUUCACGUUCGGAAGACGUACGCAGUUUUAACCAUGACAUUGACUGGGAACAAGGCAACAACCCUAAUCUUAAAACAAACAAGCGGCUGACGGCGGACCCCCGAGUGACGGGCAACCCGGAGCACCAGAAAGAUGUUGACGGCGAUGGGACUGAUCGUCUAAAGUCCGCUACUCAGGCAGGGCUAGGUGACGCGCGUGAUUCUCUAUUUUUGAGUCCAAAUGAGGAAGUAUUGGUUUCCGCAAUUGCCUCCGAAGGCAAAGGUGUUCUAAAAGAACCAAAGAAAGCAGUGGAACAGCAAGACCGACAAGCUUCGAAAAUGAAAGAUCUCCAACAAGCACCUUCAUCUCCUACUGCCAGUGGCUCCCAAUCGAACCAAAACAUGAAUGACAUGCUGUCUCCUUGCGCCUUGUCUUCUCCCGUUGAUCCUAACACCGAAAAUAGCUUCCCUAUGUUAUCACCAAGAGAUAAUCCGGACAAUUUCAAACAUCAGCGCCCCUCGACUCGGGAUUUGCGCCGUAUUUUCGUCGAUAAGGACUGCAUGAUGGACCCCGUGAACGGUGCCUUCUACCUUGACACCUGGCAUGCUGUUGCAGAGAAGAACACGAACAUAUUCCGCUCUGUAUUCCGUUGCAUGCCUGACAAUGAGGUUAGAUCCUGGAAGGAGUAUAAGGAAUAUGCUGCCUAUGGUGAACGUUUUGAUGAAAUGCAAAGCCAGCACAAUGCCAAGGCGUCCCAGCCCUCACCAACGAAACAGUCUGGUACUCCUGGUGCGAUCCCAACUGUCCAGGGGGCUAAGGGACAAGCCCCUUUUGCAUCAAAGUCUGAUCCGUCUAUGCUAGACGAAAAGUCUGGGCAGCAGACAACUGAGUCUAGUCGAAGUGAAAAUGACCAACAACCAGUUAGUCCUACGAAUGGAGAUACGAUGCCGGUUGAUGAAAAGUCAGCAUCGAGAGGAUCGGAUGUGCUCCCGUCCAGUGAUCAACGGAACGAGCGAAGCAACAGCACUGCUGUUACCGCGGAGGGAAACGAAAAGCAAUCUAGUAGUCCCCACCUUGUCGAUUACUCCGAUGCGUUGAACUUGAAUGCGACUUCCCAGGCAUGGAGGCGAAAGCGGAGAGCCGCCACGCAUAGCUCAAGGAGGGAUUUCCAUGCGUCGGAUGAGAUUAUGGAUAAGGCGCGUGCUGAGGAGCUCUUGAAUCAAGUCCAGGGGCAUCUGGUGAUGUGGCCAUACGACUGGCUCGAGAAAGAAGAGCAGGGUGGAAACUGGCUCUAUGCUCUUGACCAGAUCUCUCCGCUUGAAAUAUACAAUUAAUUAUAUUAAAAAUUUUUUGAGACCUCUUUGGUUUACAAUGACAACGACAUCGACAACAGCGACAAUCAGAGCCGUCCAAGUGCUCUCCCACGUACCAGUUCACUCUCUUUUUGCUUGCUGUUCGACCGAAACAGUUCGGAGCAGCUUCUAAGGCGUUCUUUCGGGCUCCCCGCCGUUUUGUUUCCUAUGUUAACAACCUACUCUCUAUGGGCUUGAUUCCAGUCUAAGAAGUACUAUUAAUCCUAAUUAUAUGUAACUUGAACCUCCAUGUUCCUGAGCGACGCUGGCCGACGUUCUUUUUUUUUUUUUUUUUUUUUUUUGUCUUGACCGUCUUGCGAUCCUCACAUUUUGCCUCGUUUCCUUUUUGCUAACAUGUAUUAAAUAGAUUUAAAUAGUCAGGGUAAUAAUAAGGGACAAAAAGAAAAUGACACUACGUAUGAAGCGUAGCCACUGAACACAGCAUGGUCCACUAUACUUCGAAUGAAGUAAAGAAAUAGUCCUUGAAGAAAUCAAUUUUCAAGAUUCAUUGAGCGGAGAGAUAAGGGGUAAGCAAUAGUCCAUAAUUAAUGAAACGGCAUACAUUCACUCCUAAGCUAUGCGGCUAAGAAUGCACUCCAGCAGUGUAAGAAAUCCUUGCGCGGACUCGCUCAAAGUCAUCGAAGUUUGCCCGUAAUGCAUGCGCCAGGAUACUAUCUUGAGAUCUGGGGGAAUGUCCUUCGUCCCACGUAUCAAUUGACGUGCGCAGACUCGAGUAAGCAUCGGCAAAUGCGGCUUGAAGCUCUGCUGUUCGAGUACAUGAACGGCCCAGAUCUUUCAUAUAAUUGCAUGGGUCUUGGAUGCACAGGCGUCGUGCAACGGGCAAAUUUCUCCUGGCAAGGGCUGUCCUUUUCAGGUUGAUCAGCGAACGCUGGCCGCGGAGAUAGGCCGGGAUGGAUCCAGAGUCAUACAGCUCAGCCCCGUCUCUGGUGGUAUCAACGUUGAAAAAUCCCGGAGGGUCAACCGAGACGCCGGUGCUUUGAAGAUCCGUCCGUUCUCCGUAUGUCUGCAAAAUGGCGAGGAGCUGUUCACCUAGAGCUUCUUGGUGUUGGAAACGACCGUGAUUCAUUCUCAGGAACGCCACAAUCAUCGUCAGAAGGGCGUCGGAUCCAACAGAUGACACGUGGGCGCCAAACAAACCCCGAGAUUCCAAGAUCAAUCGUGUGGUCAGGUACAAGGGUCGGAGUGUAGGAUACUCAGCAUGGUAGCCCUGGAUAUAUUCGAUAGAUGAGGGAGGGCCCUGUCCACAAUAUAACUGAACUUGGAGGCCAGUCAGAUGAUGAACUGCCGAUAGAACAGGAAACUGUUUCCCAAGAAAAUAGACUCGGCCAUUGAACACCUGGCUCUGCUGAAAGACACGUUCUACCUUUCGGAGCAGUGCAGUAUAGACGCCGAUCAUUUUGGGGCGAGAGGGGCUUGGCUUCCUGAGCUGGUCGGACGUGGUCUCAGGAUCACUCACAGAAAGAAUGAAGUCUAUAUCUGAAUGACUGACAGCCAUUCCAGUCCGCCGAGAACCGAUGACCUCCGGUGGGUGAGGCACAACUCCUCCCAGUAUACCGGCAACAUUGUGAGCCAACUGAUCUACAUUGGCCUGUUCCCGCUGGGUUGGUAUCAAGUACCUUUCUAGAGCAAGGAUCUCUGAGUCAAGAUAAGAAGUCGCAUCGCAGUAGUUUCCCACGAAACUCAGAUUGUCUAACCAUGGACGUUGUUCUGGUCUGCCCUUUCCGUCAACGUCCCACCGUAGGUGCUGGUGGGCGGCGGCGGCAGCAGCACCAGCAGAACAAUCAGAUGCAACCCUGUGUGCUCUAAAUCGUAGAUUAGAUGCUCUUUUUGGGGGAGAGCGUUCUCUUAUGACUCUCUUCACCGGCCCGGAGGACUGAGUUUCUUGUGUUGAGGGAAGAAUUGAUUCAUGUCCAUGGUCGGGGAGAUUCUCUGACGGGGAAAUAGACGGAAUGACGCUCUUCGAGGGGAUAGUGGUCGGCACUUUACGCACAAGGCAGGCGCGAUUGGACAAGCGAUGGGCCUCAAGCGUCUUCUGGAGAUUAUUCUUCGAGAUCACCGGAUCCUUGGCACGGAGUAGGAAGGACUGAUGGAACUUCCGGGGGUUGGGGAACGGAGGAAUACGGCGGAACGCAUCAGAAGAAAGACGGCAGGGAGAGUGCAUCGCAGGAUAGUCAGCACGGCCAAGGCAUUGCGACUGGCAAGAUGCUAAACAAGAAGUUGAUAUUGAUAGUUGGCGAAGUUGAGAAUCGGAGAGAAGUUCAGGUGUCGAAUGAGUUGCUGCCUCAGGAGUGCACACGUGUACAAUGACUAAUCAAACCAAG